AUGGCGACUGACCUAGUUACUUCACAGGCCACAUGCACCAUCGUCUUUGCUCAACUGAUGUCAUUAGUUGGAAGCGCUCUGCUAGCUCAGACCACGGCGACCUUACUGGGCAGUCCAGAUCACUAUAUUUGGUUUGCGUCGGUCAUCACAAUUAUAACAUUGGCGACUAUCCUUCCUUGUAGUCAAGCCGCCGAUUACUGGGGUCGCAAGAUAGUAGUUCAAACUACAACUGUGGGGGGAGUUGUCGGAACCAUCGUUGUGUCGCGGUCACAAAAUAUCUCAACUGCAAUCGCUGGGUUUUGUCUUAUCGGUUUAGCUUUCGGCUGCCAGUCCCUGUGCUAUGCUAUACCCUCCGAAGUCCUUCAUCGCAAGCACCGAGCGUACGGACAGGCUGUUGCAAACAUCGUCUCCGGCAUGGGCGCUGUCACGGGUAUACUCGUUGGUGGCGCGCUGAUACGCAAUGAGAAUGCCCAAGGAUUUCGAACCUUCUGGUACAUCAACUGUGGUUUUUUCGUUCUCGGUCUUGUCGGUAUCCAGUUUGGCUACAAUCCUCCGUUACGAGAGCUCCAAGUCUCCUUGACUACAACCCAGAAGCUUCGGUCCAUGGACUGGAUUGGCAAUUUGAUGAUUGCUCUUGGCCUGAUAUUCUUCUGCCUUGGUUUACAAUGGUCUAGUAACCCAUACAGCUGGACCGACGGUCAUGUCCUGGGUCCAUUCAUCACUGGUGUAUGCUUACUGGCGGCCUUUUGUGCAUAUGAAUGGCGCGGUACUACCCAAGGUAUUCUUCAUCACGGCUUGUUUGGAGACCGUAACUUCCCCCUUUCCAUCGUUAUGGUCUUCGUGGAAGGCACGGCAUUCAUAACGGCGAAUGCCUUCUUCGUGUUUGAGCUCGUGGUUGUGCAGCACCUUGAUCCCUUUGAUGGCGGUCUUCGAUUUGCGGUCCUAUUUCUCCUCGCUAUGGGUUCCUCGUUCGUUGUAGGCAUUUACACCACACUGACACGUCAAAUACGUGAACCGCUUGCUCUCGGGUUCUCUUUUCUGAUGAUUUUCAAUGUCUUAAUGGCAUUUUUUAGGGAGACUUUGCCUCUUGCAAAUGCUUAUGGCUAUGCCUGCAUCGGCGGUGCAGGUAUCGGCUGCAUCCUUACAAAUGCUAUGGUUGCAGCACAAAUGAGCACCCCGAAGGAGAUGAUAUCAGUCACUUCUGGUCUUGUCACGGCUAUGAGGUCGCUUGGCGGUGCCAUUGGACUCUCAAUUAGCAAUGCUGUCUUCAACAACAAACUCAAAGUCGAGUUGCCGAUGAGAGUCGCAGCAGCGGCGGUGUCUCAAGGGCUUUCUCCGCAGGACAUUGGUCGCUUUAUUAGGGCUUUCACCACGCAAAACCAAGCGGCUCUACACGAGAUACCUGGCGUCACUCCGCAGGUUCUCGCUGCAUCAGGAAAAGCUCUGACGGAGGCGUUCAGAGUUUCAUUUCGCAAUACCUGGAUCACAGCCGCUGCAUUCAGUGCUGUAGGGAUAGUAUCUGCGCUUUUCCUUUGGAACCCGAAAGCUCAAUUUACCAACUACAUCGAUGCACCAGCGGAAGACGAGGUUUUGGAGGCUCAAGAAAGAGAGCAGAGAUUGGAGGUGGAGGAACAGAAGUCCAGUGUCCAAAGGUUGGAGGUCGUCAGUUAG